AUGAACAAGGGCAAUGCCAAUCUAGCUCUUUCCUGCGACAACUCAUCGCUGGCUUCCAAUGACUUCAGAAUGAGAUCGGAGUUCGAGAUGUCCAUGCGUCAGACAGUGGAGGCCGAUGUGGCCAGACUGAGGAAGAUUCUUGACGACAACAAAGUUAUUUGCCUGAACUUGGAGAGCGACAUUGAGUCUCUGAAGGAAGAGUUGAUCAUCCUGACGAAGACCCACAAGAUGGAUGUUGAGGAAUUGUGUGCCCAGAUCACCAAGGUCGGCGUCCGUGUGGAUGUUGAGCAGGACCUGGCCAAGAUUGUGGAGGAGAUGAGGGCCAAGUAUGAGAAGAUAGUCCUGAAGAACCAGGAGGAUCUUAAAAUAUGGCAUGAUUCUCAGGUCACAGAAGUGCAGGUCCAAGUGACUGAGAGUUCAACGGCUCUGAAGGAAGCCAACACUAUGUUGUCAGAUACUAAGAGGAAGUAUCAAGCACUGGACAUUGAAAAACAGGCCGAGCUUAGUAUGAAAAAAUCCCUGAAGGCCACAAUGCGCGACAUUGAAAUGCGCCACAACACAGAGAUGGAGAAGUACAACGUGAUCAUCCUGAGGCUGCAGGAGGAGCUCACUCACAUCCGCACCGACAUCCAGCACAGCACAUGGGAGUACGAGAGCCUGCUCAACAUCAAGGUGAAACUGGAGGAAGAGAUCGCUGAGUACAGGAGGCUGCUGGGCGGCGAGGCAGACUUUACUCUACAGCAGGUAGUUGAUUCAAAGACGAUGCAGACCAGAGUGCUGAUGGUCACUCAGACUCUGGUGAAUGGCGUAGUGGUGUCGGAGAGCAAAGAUGUCAAAACCAGUGAAAUUGUUUCUCUGUAACAACUGACUUGCAGAAGACCAC